CUGCCCGACGUGCAGGACGCUGCGCGACCAUGGAGAGUCUGAGUCGGUCAUGCCUGUGGCUGCGUCAGGAGCUGUCGUCCCCGCGCCCACAGCUUCUGAUACUGGACUGCCGCAGCCGGGAGCUGUAUGAGUCGGCGCGCAUCUGCGGGGCGCUGAGCGUGGCCCUGCCCUCGCUGAUGCUGCGCCGUCUGCGAAGAGGGAGCAUGUCGGUGCGGUCGCUCUUGCCUGGGCCACCGGUGCAGCCUCCGCCACCGGCCCCUGUGAUCCUCUAUGACCAGGGUAGUGACCAGUGCCAGCCCGAAGCAACGGAGGCUGAAGCUAAGGCCGAAGCGGAGGCCAAAGCCGAGGCUGAAGCGGAGGCCAAAGCCGAGGCCGAAGCGGAGGCCAAAGCCGAGGCUAAAGCGGAAGCUGAAGAGUGGGAUGCUGACUCGGUGCUGGGCAUCCUGCUCCAGAAGCUGCGGGAAGAAGGCUACCCAGCAUACUACCUACAGGGCGGCUUCAGCAAAUUCCAGGCCGAGUGUCCUCACCUGUGUGAAACCAGCUUCAGUGGUCGCGCUGGCUCAGGCCUGGGCUCAAUGUCUAGCCCAGUGCCUGUGGUAGGGCUUGGUGGCCUGUGCUUGAGCACUGAUUUCUCUGAUGCAGAGUCCGAGGCUGACCGAGACACCUUGAGCUGUGGCCUAGAUUCUGAGAGCACCACAUCCCCUCCAGCUGGGCUGCUACCACCCUUCCCAGCCCAGAUCCUGCCCAAUCUCUACCUAGGCAGUGCUCGCGAUUCAGCCAAUUUGGAGAGCCUUGCCAAGCUUGGCAUCCGCUAUAUCCUCAAUGUCACCCCUAACCUUCCUAACCUCUUUGAAAAGAAUGGUGACUUCCACUACAAGCAGAUCCCCAUCUCUGAUCAUUGGAGCCAGAAUCUGUCUCAGUUCUUUCCGGAGGCCAUUGCAUUCAUCGAUGAGGCCUUGUCGCAGAACUGUGGGGUGCUCGUCCACUGUCUGGCAGGGGUCAGCCGCUCUGUCACUGUCACCGUGGCCUACCUCAUGCAGAAGCUUAACCUCUCACUCAACGAUGCCUACGACUUGGUCAAGCGGAAGAAGUCUAACAUCUCACCUAACUUCAACUUUAUGGGGCAACUGCUAGACUUUGAACGCAGCCUGCGCCUGGGGGAGAAGCGCUCUGGUGGGAGGGGCAGUGGGGGGCCAGAGUCCACUGUCUCAGACCCACCUUCCUUUUUUACUACCCCCACCAGCGAUGGGGUUUUUGAGCUGGAUCCCACAUAA